AUGGCGUUUUGUGGAGCAGUGUUAGCAACGUCGGUACAGAGAAACGUGUGGGUGCGGAGUCGCAGCCAGGAGUGGUGGGAUACUGAUGUGAGUGGCUUCACUAAUACAGAAUUCAUCAGUAACUUUCGAAUGACCAGAUCCACAUUCGAUUAUGUUUGUGAGCGCCUUCGAUUAACUCUGUCACGGGAAGAGACAUGUCUGCGGCGGCCCAUAACAGUGCAGAAACGCGUUGCAGUUGGAGUGUAUUGGCUAGCAACAGGUGCGUGCUAUCGUACGAUAGCUAACUUGUUCGGCAUAGCCAAGUCUACAGUCUGCUCCAUUGUACACGAGUUCUGCCAAGCAGUUCGCCGUGUCCUCAUGCCCCAUUACAUAAAACUGCCCAAAGGGGAUGACCUGCAAGAGGUCAUUGAAGGCUUCCAGCAGAGAUGGGGUUUCCCGCAGUGUGGAGGAGCAAUUGAUGGGAGUCAUAUCCCCAUCAUUGCUCCAGAGGAUAACCACGCAGAGUAUUUCAACCGCAAAGGGUGGCACUCAGUUCUGCUCCAGGGUGUCGUGGAUCAUCGGUUUUGCUUCACCAACAUCUAUGCUGGAUGGCCAGGGAGUGUUCAUGAUGCGAGGGACACUGAGGAGAUAAUGGGCGUUCAAGUGCCAAUCAUGCUGCUCGGUGACCCGGCUUAUCCCCUUCGAAGCUGGCUGUUAAAAGGAUACUGUGACACAGGGACCCUGACAGCUGAGCAGAAGUACUUCAAUGAGCGCCACAGCAGAGCCAGGAUGACUGUGGAGUGCGCUUUCGGCCGACUGAAGGGCCGGUGGAGGUGCCUUGCUAAACGGCUGGAUGUGGACGUUUCCCUCGUCCCCACCAUAAUCAGUGCAUGUUGCACACUCCACAACGUGUGUGAAAUGCACGGGGAGAAUUAUGAAGAGGCUGGUGGAACUGUUCCUCAUGUUCCUCAUGUUCCUCAUGUUGAGAGAUGGGCUGAAGGAGGGGGAUUUGUAGAUGUGCAGCCAUCAAGAGUCAGAGAAGCACUGACUCAGCUUUUUUUUAGCCAACGUUGA